AGAAUUGUGGGUGCGCUUAUAUUCAGCUUCUCUCAACCCUCGUCCACGGCUCCUGCUCUCCUGCCUGCGCACACGCUCAUAACAAGGGAAUCAAGAAAUUAAAAAAAAAAAUAAAAGGAAAAAAGAAAGAAGGACAAGAUGGUUUUGGCGGAGGAGGAAAUUACUCGGCUUUUCAGAAUACGGAAGACAGUGAUGCAGAUGCUAAAGGAUAGAGGUUACAUGGUGGGAGAUUUCGAGAUUGAAAUGACAAGGUAUCAGUUCAUUGAGAAAUACGGUGAGAAUAUGAAGAGAGAGGACCUCGUUAUUAACAAAGGCUUCCGUAACAGCUCUGAACAGUUAUACGUGUUUUUUCCCGAGGAACAGAAGGUUGGUGUUAAGACAAUGAAGACCUACACUAAUCGCAUGAAAGAAGAAGGCGUUCACCGGGCAAUCUUAGUGGUCCAGCAAAAUUUAACACCAUUUGCACGUACCUGCGUUAGUGAAAUAUCAACUAAAUUCCACUUAGAAGUUUUCCAGGAAGCUGAGUUGUUAGUUAACAUAAAAGAACAUGUUCUAGUUCCCGAGCAUCAGCUACUUACAGCUGAGGAAAAGAAGACGUUGCUAGAAAGGUACACCGUGAAAGAAACACAGCUCCCUCGUAUCCAGAUAACUGACCCGAUUGCAAGAUACUACGGGCUCAAGCGAGGGCAGGUUGUAAAGAUCAUACGACCAAGUGAAACUGCUGGACGUUAUGUCACCUACAGAUACGUUGUUUGAAACCUUGGAAGCUCUGUACUUGCUGAUCUUGCUGUACAAUAAGAGCAGCAGACAGCGAUGAGGCGUGAAGCAGUUGAGCAAACACAAGGCUGCACCACAGCUCCCAACGGGAGCAAUGUAGGCAUUGUGGUGGUGUCAUUGAACUCUUUAUAAACAUCUUGUGAGUGUAACUUUAGUUAUUAUCGACUUCAUAGCUUCUUUAAUUUUGUGAUUGUGAAGACAAUUUUGUGUCAAUUAUUGGAGUACUAUGAUAUGAUCA